AUGAACAAUAUGGGAUUGGGAAACGUUGAGACUUCGUCGACGUCGUUGAUGACGGAUUUCCUCCAAAAAUGUGGUGGCUAUGCUGUUGUUGACGGCGGCUUCGCCACUGAACUCGAACGGCAUGGUGCUGACCUCGAUGACCCUCUCUGGAGUGCCAAAUGUCUCAUCAGUUCUCCUCACCUCGUUAGAAGGGUUCACCUGGAUUAUCUUGAUGCUGGAGCAAACAUCGUAAUAACAGCAUCUUAUCAGGCUACUAUUCAGGGUUUUGUGGCAAAAGGCUUGUCUGAAGAAGAAGCUGAAUCAUUGCUGAGGAGAAGUGUUGAAAUUGCAUGUGAGGCAAGGGAAAUUUACUAUGACAAAUGUACCAAAGGUUGUUGGGAUUACAUUGAAAGUGGAAAUAUCUCGAGACGUCCUGUUUUAGUUGCUGGUUCCAUUGGCAGCUAUGGUGCCUAUUUGGCUGAUGGCUCUGAGUAUAGUGGCAAAUAUGGUGAUGCAGUUUCUCUAGAAACAUUGAAGGAUUUUCAUAGGAGAAGGUUACAGAUUCUAGCCAAAUCAGGUGCUGACCUGAUUGCAUUUGAGACAAUUCCAAAUAAGCUUGAGGCAAAGGCUUAUGCUGAGCUUCUUGAGGAGGAAGAGAUAAAUAUUCCAGCAUGGUUCUCUUUUAAUUCCAAGGAUGGAAUUAAUGUGGUCAGUGGUGAUUCUAUCCUUGAGUGUGCUUCCAUUGCAGAUUCAUGCAAACAAGUUGUUGCUGUUGGAAUCAACUGUACCCCUCCUAGAUUUAUCCACGGACUUGUUCUCUCCAUCCGAAAGGCAACAAGUAAGCCAGUAGUCAUAUAUCCAAACAGCGGCGAGACAUACAAUGCUGAGCUCAAGCAGUGGAUGAAAUCAAGUGGAGUGGUAGAUGAAGACUUUGUUUCAUACGUAGGCAAGUGGCGUGAAGCCGGAGCUUCUCUAUUUGGAGGCUGCUGCAGGACUACCCCAAAUACUAUCAGAGCUAUAGGCAGGGUUCUCUCCAAAAAUCCUUGA